UGAGGGAGCUCUGAGGGGGAUUCGUCGUGGGCGGGGCCUCGGGAGCCGCCGCUGUUCAGUGGCCACUGUCGUUUCCCGCCGUUGCAAACGCCUUCCCAGCGAGCUGUCAAUCACGCGCCCCCUCCUCUACCUCAUUGGCUUCCCUCUGUAGUCGGUCCCGUCCUGCCUUCCUUACGCUCCGCCCCUUAGAGCAGCAUCAGCGAAUCAGAACGCGGGGCGUGGCCACAACACCGCUUCCCGACCACCCAUUGGCUACCGCGCAUGGGGGACGGGGCGAGCCCGCGUGUCAUGUGAGGGCGCGGUCACGUGAGCGCGGGUGUCAUGGCGGUGCCCGGGGCGGCGGCGCUGCCGCUGCUGCUGCUCCUGAGCGGGGCGGCCGCGGGCUGCGGGUACCAGUCGUGCCCCCCGACCCGGCCGGACAUGCUGAACGUGCACCUGGUGCCGCACUCGCACGACGACGUGGGCUGGCUCAAGACGGUGGAUCAGUAUUACUAUGGGGUGAGGAACGAGGAUCAGCACACAGGGUUCAGUACAUCCUGGACUCGGUGGUGGCCCUGGAGGCUGGAGCUGGUCGGGGGGGGCUGGUGCAUGAGCGACGAGGCCGCCGCUCACUACCGGGGCUCCCUGGAGCAGCUGGCCCUGGGCCGGCGCUUCCUGCGCCGCCUCUUCGGGGGCUGCGGCGCCCCCCGCGUGGCCUGGCAGAUCGACCCCUUCGGGCACGCCCGGGAGCUGGCUGCGGCCUUCGCGCAGAUGGGCUACGACGGGCUGUUCCUGGGCCGCGUGGAUCACCAGGACAAGUGGGCUCGGCUGCAGCGCCGCGAGCUGGAGCUGAUCUGGAGGGGCAGCGACAGCCUGGAGCCCCCCCGCGAGGACAUCUUCACUGGGAUCCUGCCCAACGUGUACAACCCCCCCGCGGGGCUGUGCUGGGACCAGCUCUGCACCGACCCCCCCGUGGUGGACGGGGACGGCCCCGGGCGCAACGUGGACGCCGUGGACGCCUUCCUGCGGGCAGCGGCCAUGCAGGCCCAGCAGUACCGCACCAACCACAUCCUCAUGACCAUGGGCUCCGACUUCCACUACGAGAACGCCCACCUGUGGUUCAAGAACCUGGACAAGCUCAUUGCCCACGCCAACGCCCGGCAAGCCAACGGCAGCCGCGUCCACGCCCUGUACUCCACCCCUUCCUGUUACCUGCGGGAGCUGCACCGCGCCAACCUCACCUGGCCCCUGAAGACGGACGAUUUCUUCCCUUACUCGGACGGGCCCCACCAGUUCUGGACCGGCUACUUCAGCAGCCGCCCGGCCUUCAAGGGCUACGAGCGCCUCAGCAGCGGCUUCCUGCAGAUCUGCAGCCAGCUGGAAACCUUGGCUGGACCCUCAGUGCGGGACGGUCCCUACGGGCCUGGGGACAGCUCGGUGCUGCGUGAGGCUGUGGCCGUGGCCCAGCACCACGACGCCGUGGCCGGCACCGAGAGGCAGCACGUGGCCGAUGACUACGCCCGGCAGCUGGCCAAGGGCUGGGACAGCUGCCAGGUGCUGGUGGCCAACGCUCUGUCGCUGCUGGGCGGCACCAAGGAGCCCCUGGUGUUCUGCAACGCCCUCAACAUCAGCGUGUGCCCCCUCAGCGAGGCCACCGCUCACUUCACUGUGAUCCUCUACAACCCCCUGGCCUGGGACGUCACCUGGCCCGUGCGGCUGCCGGUCAGGGCCACCUCGUACGCUGUCACCGACCCCCAGGGCCGGCCCGUGGCCAGCCAGGUGGUGCCGGUGUCCGGUGUCACCCGGCGGCUCCGGGGCGGCGCCGGGGGGGCCCCCGGGGAGCUCCUGUUCCAGGCCUGGGCCCCCCCUUUGGGCUUCAGCACCUUUGAGGUGAAGCAGCUGAGCCCGGGGAACGCCGGGGACACCCCCAGGUGGCCCCUGGGGACCCCCAGGUGGCCCUCAGGUGACCCAGAGCCACAGAUCGAGAACGAGCACCUGCGUGUCCGCUUUGACCCCAUCACGGGGCACCUGCUGGAGAUCCAGAACCUGGCCAAGGGCAUCUCGCUGCCCGUCUUCCAGAGCUUCUACUGGUACAACGCCAGCUCCGGGGACAGGCUCAGCCCCCAGGCCUCAGGCGCUUACAUCUUCCGGCCCGACGCCCCCACGCCCAUCCCGGUGGCCAAACGCGCGGCCACGCACCUGCUCAAGACGGCGCUGGUGCAGGAAUUGCGGCAGAACUUCUCGGAGUGGUGCUCGCAGGUGCUGCGCCUGCGCCCGGGGCAGCCUUACCUGGAGCUGGAGUGGACAGUGGGGCCCAUCCCCGUGGGGGACGGCACGGGCAAGGAGGUGAUCAGCAGGUUCGAGACCCCGCUGCGCACGGCCGGGCGCUUCUACACCGACUCCAACGGGCGCCAGGUGCUGGAGCGCAGGUGGCCCACCCCGGCGGGCGCAGGUGACCCCAGGACCCUCCCAGGGGCUCAGGUGACCCCUGUGCCAAACCCCGCCCCCCAGAGCAGGACUAAGGCCCAGCUGGAACCUGACGGAUCGAGCCGUGGCGGGGCAUUGCACCCUGCAGGACCGCGGAUCUUCAUCAUGGUGCACCGGCGGCUCCUCCACGACGACAAGCGGGGCCUGGAGGAGGCGCUGGACGAGCCAGGUGCGGAUGGGCGGGGCCUGGUGGUGCGGGGGCGGCACCUGGUGCUGCUGGACACGGUGGAGGCCUCACCUGAGCAGCACCGGCCGCGGGCACAGGAGAUGGUGACACCGCCCACCGUGGUGCUGGCACCGGGCACGGGGCCUCACCUGCGACAGGUGUCGGGGCUGCGCCGGGCGCUGCCCCCCAACGUUCACCUGCUGUCGCUGGAGCCGCGCGGGGCCGGCGCCGUCCUGCUGCGCCUGGAGCACCUGUACCAGGUGGGGGAGAGCCAUAGCGGCUCCCGGGCGGCCACCGUGGACCUGACGACCCUUUUCUCGGCCUUCACCGUCACCUCGGUGCAGGAGAUGGCGCUGGGCGGGGACAUCCCCCUGCCCGCCGUGUCCCGCCUGCUCUGGAACACCCCCACAGGUACCCCCAGAGGGCGGCGGGGGGCUCGGCCGGACCCUCGGCGCGUGCGGCUGCAGCCGAUGGAGAUCAGAACCUUCCUGGCCUCUGUGCGGUACCGGGGGCUCGGGGAGGGGCCGGGGGGGCCCUGAGGGACGCGCCCCCCACCCCAAAAAAAAAAAAAC